AUGACGCAAGAAAACAGAGUUCGUAAUGCAUCCAUUUUGGAGAGGACUCUUAUCAAUGAUUGUGAAGAUUUAAAUGACGAGGAGGAUAGAAUAAGGCAAGAAUGUGUUCAAAAUUUGGAAUCAGCAAAAGAAAUUUCAGCGGAAGAAGCUCUUUUUGAAAAGAUUGCGCUUAACGAAAAGGUUCCAGAAAGUAAGGUUGAACUGAAGGAGUUACCACCGCACUUGAAAUAUGUGUUUUUGGAGGAUAAUGGGAGUAACCCAGUCAUUAUUAGUACUUCAUUAUCCCCAGAAGAAGAAAGAAAAUUGGUGGAAGUCUUAAAAGCAAACAAAGGUGUUAUAAGCUGGUCAAUUGCAGAUCUCAAAGGUAUAAGCCCCACAUAUUGUAUGCACAGAAUUCUGAUGGAAGAUGAUUACAGGCCUGUAGCCCAACCGCAAAGGAGACUUAAUCCUGUUAUGAAAGAAGUCGUGCGAAAGGAAGUAUUGAAGUUAUUGGAAGCAGGAAUUAUUUAUCCUAUUUCUGAUAUCAAAUGGGUGAGUCCAGUUCAAGUUGUACCAAAGAAAGGAGGGAUGACUGUCAUUCAUAAUGAGAAGAAUGAACUUAUUCCUACAAGGACAGUUACUGGUUGGCGAAUGUGUAUUGAUUACAGGAGACUAAAUACAGCUACCAGAAAAGAUCAUUUUCCCUUACCUUUCAUGGAUCAGAUGCUAGAAAGAUUGGCUGGACAAGCUUAUUAUUGCUUCCUAGACGGUUACUCUGGAUACAACCAAAUUAUGGUAGACCCUGGAGAUCAAGAGAAAACAACUUUUACAUGUCCUUUUGGUAUAUUUGCUUACAGAAAGAUGCCCUUUGGAUUAUGUAAUGCUCCGGCCACAUUUCAGAGGUGUAUGCAGGCAAUCUUCGCUGAUUUCAUGGAGAAAAGCAUAGAAGUCUUCAUGAACGACUUUUCAAUUUUUGGGGAUUCUUUUCAAAGAUGUCUGAUCAACUUGGAUGUUGUCCUCAAACGGUGUGUUCAAACAAAUCUUGUUUUGAAUUGGGAGAAAUGCCAUUUUAUGGUUACAGAAGGGAUUGUGUUGGGGCACAAAAUUCCAGCCAGGGGGAUUGAAAUGGACAAGGCAAAAGUAGAGGUUAUUGAAAAACUGCCACCACCAACUAAUAUGAGAGGAAUUCGAAGUUUCCUUGGUCAUGUUGGGUUUUAUCGAAGAUUUAUCAAGGAUUUUUCAAAGAUUGCUAAGCCUUUGAGUAAUUUGCUGGCUAAAGAGAUACCAUUUGUAAUGAGUCCUGAAUUGAUUGUAGCUCUAGACUGGAAUAAAGAUUUUGAACUCAUGUGUGAUGCAAGUGACUAUGCCAUAGGUGCCGUGUUGGGUCAAAGAAGAGGAAAGUUGGUCAAUGAGGAAGUAACAAGCAAGGAGAAAGAAAUCUGGGAGUCGUUUUCAGACAAAACUCUUCUAUAUAUUCAGCAAAGGCCCUGGUUCGCCGAUUUGGCUAACUUUAAAGCUGCAGGUGUUAUUCUUGAAGAAUUGAAUUGGCAACAGAAAAAGAAGUUUUUACAUGAUGCCAAACAAUUUGUUUGGGAUGAUCCGUACUUGUUCAAGAUAGGAGAAGAUAAUCUUUUGAGGAGAUGUGUAACAAAGGAAGAAGCAAAAAAGAUUUUGUGGCAUUGUCAUAACUCUCCUUACGCAGGUCAUUAUAAUGGCGAGCGCACAACUGCCAAAGUUCUGCAAGCAGGAUUUUAUUGGCCAACUUUGUUUAAAGAUGCCCACAAUCAUGCUCGGAGCUGUGACAAAUGUCAAAGGACAGGGGCUAUUUCAAGGAGGCAUGAGAUGCCGCUGCAAGGAAUUUUGGAGGUUGAAGUUUUUGACUGUUGGGCUUUAGCAUGUCCCAAGAAUGAUGCUAGUACUGUGAUCAAAUUCUUAAAAAGGCAAAUCUUUUCACGAUUUGGAACUCCCAGGGUACUCAUCAGUGAUGGGGGAUCUCACUUUUGUAAUGCUCAGCUAGAUAAGGUGCUUAAACAUUAUGGAGUAAAACAUAAGGUGGUAGGGCCUUAUCAUCCACAGACAUAUAGGCAAGAUGAAGUUUCUAACCGGGAGAUUAAAAGAAUUCUGGAAAAGACUGUCACUUUCUCAAGAAAAGAUUGGUUACAAAAAUUAGAUGAUGCUCUCUAG